CAUUAUAGAAGGGGAGGGGUAUAUAUUGUAUACAGAUACAAAAUGGGAUUUCAUUUGUUUUUUUUACAGAGACCUCUUACUCAUGAACAAUGCAGGAAUGGCCAUUGUUUUAGUUUUAUCACAGAAAUUUCAAUUACCCAGUUAGUAGUAAUCAACACAGUUUUCGUCUUUCAUGUUGCUGGUGACAAAUACAAAGAUGGUAGAACUCAUUUCUUUUGCUGUGUUAGCUAUGUUAGGUGUACAAAUGGUAAAGAUCAAAGAAGAAAUGGAGAAGCUCUACAUAUUAGUACGCAAAUAGUAAAGAGACACACAGACACAGAAAAAUAUAUAAUGAAGUCACCAUGUGUUUCAUAAAUUCUGAACAAUAUAGCUCUAAGGUGGAAGCUGGCCGGAUUGGACGGGUAUUUACGGGUAGUAUGGGUACCCGUUAUCCGUCCCGUAUGGGUAAUGGGUACCCGUUGACCCGUAUGGUUUGGGAUAUGGGAUAGAGAUUGCUCUUCAAAUGGGACUGGGUACCCGUUUCAAACGGGACGGGUAUCCCGUCCCGUCCCGUUGUCCACCCCUACAUAUAUAGGUGUCAAAACAUAGCCCGACCCGAUUAACCCGCCCGAUCAACCCGACCCGCAACCCGACCGCAACCCGAAUUGACUAAAAGUCAACAACCUGUAACCCGCCCGACCCGCAACCCGACUAACCCGCAACCCAACUAACCCGCAACCCGACUAACCCGCAACCCGAUUAACCCCGAACCCGAUUGACCCGCAACCCGACUGACCCGCAACCUGAUUAACCCGAACCCGAUUGACCCGAACCCGACUAACCCGAAACCCGACCGACUCAACCCGAAUUUCAUCUUAUCCACUUGAAUAAUUAUAAAAAUAUACAUAGUUUUUCAAAAUAAAGUUUUUCAUUCUAAACUUAAGUAAAAUUAUUUUUUCAUUUCGUAUAAGAAAUUUUAAAAAUAUGAAACUCACUUGAUAUUACGUAUUUUAAGAAAAUGACAAAAAUUGAAACAUGAAGGUCACUUGAGAUCAUGACAAUAUUAAUAUAAUAUAUAAAUUAAAAUUUUGGUUAAUUUAACUAUUCAAUAAAAUUAUCAAUUAAAUAUAAAUAAAGUAAAAUAAAGUAUUUGGUAAUUUGAUGUUUUUAAAAGAAGAGGGAAAUUUUGGUGUAUUCAAGUUUUUGGGAAGAGAAAGAAGAGGGAAAUUUGGUUCUUUGAAUUUUUUAGAAAAGAAACAAGUGGGAAUUUUGGAGGUUUUGAUAUGUGGGAAGAGAAAGAAGUGGAAAAAUUUGAUUCUUUUGAUUAUGAAAGAGAAAUAAGGAGGGAAACUUUUGACUUUUCAACUUUUUGUAGAAGGAAAGAAGAGGGUAAUUUGGUUCUUUCAAUUUUAUGGAAGAGAAAGAUGAGGGAAAAUUGAGUUUUUCUAAUGUAUGGAAAGAGAAAGAAGGAGUGAAAUUUUAGUAUUUUUGUGAAAAAAAAGAAGGAAACAAAUUUGGUGUUUUUCAAUUUUUUGAUUUCUCAUAAUUUUAGCUUUUGAAAUAUGAAUCUUUAACUUUUAUAUGGAGGGCAUGACUAGUUAAAAUUAUUCUUAUAUGCUUUGAAGGCUAAUAUGUAUAUAUGUAUGUAAUUUUUUAUGGUCUAAUAAAUAAAUUAACCAUUAGUUACAACAAUUUAUACUAAACUUGAUAAGUAAUCUUUGACGGUUCGUUGUUUAGGAUAUAAAGUAUAUGGUUAGGGUAUAAGAUAUAAGGUACAUAUGGUUUAGGGUGUAUAUGGUUAGGGUAUAAGAUAUUGAUGGUUCUAAGUUUUUUAUUAACAUAUGUUCACUUGAAGUCAUUUGAAGUCUUUAACGGCAGGAGAUCCCUUUUUAAUUUAUGUUUAUGGUACGUGGUUAGGGUACAAGGUAUGUGGUGUAAAGUAUAGGGUAUAUGGUUAGGGUAUAACGAUUAGCAAAUAUCACUUUUUAUCUAUGUUUUGAAAAUCAAAGUAUGAAUUUCACUUUUAAAUUAACUAUACUAGCAAAAUCACAACUCAAGGACAUAUGGUUAGGGUAUAGGUUAUGUGGUUAGUGUAUAAUGUAUUGAUGGUUUAGGGUAUACAAUCAACAACAUACACUAACUUAAUAUUGUUGAUUGAGGGUAAAGCUAAGUGUAUAGGAUAUAUGCUAAUGAGUAAGUUAUGAUUGAAGUCACAAUCAUUUUACUAAAUUUGAUAGCUAAUCUUUAAUGGUUCAAUUUUUAGGAUAAUUCGAGCAAUUUUACAAAUAACUCGUUUGGCAACAGUUUACUAAAGUUAUUUGGGCAGUGAGUUAUUUUGAAAUAACUCCUUUUAUCACUAUGCUUUUGCCAAAUACCACACGCCAAAUACCAGAUUUGCAUGGUUAUACUAAACGAGAUACUUUAAUCCAAUUACUACUGAAUUAAUACUAAAAUAUCAAAUAAACAAUUAACGGUGUCUUUUGGUUGCAAAUAUUGAUAUCACCAUUACUAUUAGCUAUAAUACUUUACCAAUUAUGAUUAAUUACAUAACAAGUUUGCAAGUCAUACAAAUUGAUUUAACAUUUUGACUAGUUUUUUUCAAAAAAAUAAAGUAUAUAUAUACGAGGUAGAAAUAAAUUAGUUAAAAAGUUGAGAAAAUAUUUUAAAUUAGUGUAAUAAAAUGUGUAAGUUGGUAAUGAGUAAUGAGUUAAGUUACUUGAUGCGCUGGCCCGAACAACCCGAAACCCGACCCGCCCGCAACCCGCCCGACCCAAAACCCGAUGAACCCGCAACCCGAUUUGCCUGCAACCCGAUUGAAUCCGAACCCGAUUAACCCGCAACCCGACUAACCCGCAACCCGUUUGAACCCGAACCCGAUAAACCCGAACCCGAUGAACCCACAACCCGGCUAACCCCCAACCCGUUUGAACCCGAACCCGAUUGAACCCAGCCCGAACCCGCCCGAACCCGCCCGAUUGACACCUAUACCUACAUAUAGUCAUUCCGUGACAAACUUUAACCGAAACAUCACGAAUGCUGAAUGGACUAAUGGUUUAUGCUGACGUGGCAACUUCUACUCUUUACUCUUCCAAAUUGGAAUUAUUAUUAUUAUUUUAACUGAACCUUUCAAAACAAAAAAAUAAAGGAAAUAAAAGAGAAGAUGAGCAUAAUCUUGGUUGGAUCCCUCCCCUUCUCUCUCUCCCUCUCGCAUGCCUCUUCCUCUUCUCCUCCUCCUCCUCCUCUAAUCCCCUCCCCAAGAAGCAACUCCAGCUAGCUAGCUUCUCACCUUUCCUUCCACCCCCCAAAAAUGGUUGUCCUUACUCUCUACCCAGAACCCAUCACCCCAAAACACAAACUCAAAACCACCGUCGAUUCCAACUUCUAUUCCCUAACACAAACCCAAAACCACCGCCUAUUCUGACUCUCUACCCAGAACCCACCACUCUCAACAAAAAGCUCCCAAAACCACCGUCAAUUCAGACUUCUAUUCCCCAUUUUCCGAAUUUGACGUCGCCGAUGAACCCUAAUCCCUCACAAUUGUGCCACCACCCUAAAAAUACCCAACUUUGACCGACGUGAUUUUCGUGGGCAAUUUCAAGCUCCUCUUCAAAUCUCCCCAUUUUGUCGACCAAGAGAGUGGCGGUUGCUGGGUUUGUGAGCGAUUGGGGCAUCAAAAUCCAUAUCCAUGAAAUUUGAGGUGGAAGGGUACCGAGCGGCGGCGGCGCUGGUGGUAUAGGUGCAAGAGAUGCGGGCUCAUCGAAAGCUGGUGGGUGCGGGGAGUGAGUACCGCGUGGCGGCGUGGGUUUCACUGCUCUUUUCGCCGGCUCUUUUUGUUUGUGUAUAUAUGGAUCUGAGAUCCCCGAUCGAGGUCCCCGAUCCCCAGUUGUCGAUAGCCGCCAUAUUUUCACAGCAGCUACCGGAGUGGCGAGGUCGUUGGGAAAGGACGGAGAGUGACGAGGGGACGACGGAAUUCAGCACCACUAAUUUCGACGGACGGAGAUCGGAGAGUGACAGGCGGUGAUCGCAGUUUUAGAUCUCGUUCUCUGCUCUCUCCAUGGGGAAGGGGAAAGGAUAAUUGGAAAAAAAAUUAAAUGAUUUUUCCUUUUGUUUAGAAUUGUGGUGAAAAAAAUAAUUAAGAAAAUUAUUUAAAAUAAUGAUUUAUACUGAGGUGGCUGACACGUGGCAUACAUUUGAUGGCAUGUAUAUUCACAUCAUUGAAAAGUUAACGGUGUUAAAUUUUGUAACGAAAAUGGCUAAAUUUAUCAAGCAAGUUUUCAAAAGUGGCUAUAUGAGUGUAUUUUUCAAAAUUUGGCACGCGAAUACUUAUGGCUAUGAAAGUGUAUUUUGCCUAUCAUUUACUACAAUAAUAAGUAAAAGCUACUGAAGACUUAUGCCUUGUUGUUCUACAAAAUGACUUUUCGAAUAUAUCAUACGAAACAAUGUAAAAAUUUAUAUACUAUAUGUUUAUAAGUACUAUAAGUACAUAUAAAGUGUAAGCUAGAAGUUUACCAGAUUUGAUAACUUGAUAGUUAUGCAAGUCCGGGCUAGACCAUCAUGGAUCAAGAUGCGAAAAAGUUGUUGAAGAUUGAUAUAAAUAACAUCAACAUUUACUUUUUAAACACACAACAUAAAUGAUAAAUUAUUAUUUUUUAAUUAAAUUCACUUAAAUGACGUCAUUUUGCUUAGAGAUCGUAAAUCUAUCAUGUCGGUCAUACCGAUAGUGUACACGUCGGUUUCAUGGUCGACAUUUGUUGAAUCAGGUCUAACUAGUAGCACACGCGGUCGGCAUGACAACCAUAAUUUAUACGUAGAUUCAAUAUAAGUUAUGGUUCAAAAAAUAUUUUUUUCUUAAGUAAAAUUAAAAAAACAACAUAUUAUGGAAGCGUUUGUUUAUAACCUCUUGAGCUUAUUUAGGCAAAUAUUUGUGAAAAAAAUAAAACAUAUAUUGAAGCAACGCAUUUUAUUAAAAUUUAAACUACAUCUUUGUAUUUUGAAAAUUCUCACCACUGCUUUUCAUCAGGAUGGUGGGGGUAGCUUGUGAAAAAGGAAGCUUAUCCCCGCUCCCACCUGCAGAUGCUAGGUCAACUUGACAGAUCGGAGUUAUAGGAGAGUCAUUAUAUCUAGAGAUAGAUCUGUCAUAGCAGGAAUAUGUGGCACUUUAGUGCGCAGAGACAUUUGGAAACUUUUCUAUUUUAUUGAACGAAUUGAAACCGGUCCUGGAACUGCAAUUAGAGGGGUGGGAUUUGAUAUCAGAUGGUUAUUCAUCAAGUGGAUCCUUUGCCUCUUAAGUCUUACCUUAGUAGUUGGGCCUGGAAGGCGGGGUUGUUUUACUCUCUUUCAAACAGUAGACUUUUCCACCAUUUUUGUUUGUGCUAGUGCCCAAAAAAAUUUGAAUUUCUUGCAAUAUGAGAUUGAAUCCCAUAACUCUUAUUUGUAUUUUGCUGACACAAAAUAUCUGCAUAAAAUGGAUAAAAGUGUUAGCUAGUAAAAGGGGGUCAAACCCUCAGCACAUGCUUUCAGCUGCUAUUGCUUUUCACUAUAAUAGGUUUAAUAAAGAUAGAGAUGUCAUCCCAACAAGCCUCUAGUUCCUCUUAAAAGGAUUACCAUCAACCUCCUAAAGUCCAGAAAGAGCUUUCUUCCCCGCCCUCCCGUUCAUGAGGGAGUGUCGAGUAAAUAACGAAAAAUAUGUUCCAACUGCUGAACAAUUGUUUUCCACCAAAACGUUGCUUCAUGUAACUCCCUCCCUAUUAUCCAAAAACAAACAAAAAAUGCAUAUGUCGUAUUAUUUCCUUCUUGUAUCAUUGUGUAAAAUGUAAAGAAGAUAAAUGCUAGAAAUAGAA